GGUAACUCAGCUACCCCUACGGGAAGCCAUUGCUUUGUUGUACACUCUACUGUAUGCCUACGGGUUUCCUGCAAGGUUGCCCGUUUCACCGCCGACCAUUUAUAGUUACAGUAGUUACAGUUUCUAUGCCACGAAGUUAGGGCAAGUAAACAUCUUGUGGCAGUAAGGAGUCUUGUUCAGCUGUCACUACCAUGAGUUCCAAACUUCGCCUUGGCAAGGGAACGCGCUCUAAUGCGGGGCUAAGCGAGAGGGACCAAAUUGAACUAGCCAUCGCUCUGUCACUACAACAGCAGCAGCAGCAACAGCCUGGAGAUGCGACUGUCCAUCCUCCUUCCGGGGCACAUGUCGACCCAACGGUUGUCGGUCCGACUGCGGUACCUCCACACGGUGGCCAAGUUCAGGAUGCUCCCAGGGCCAAGCGUGCUGCAUCAUCUUGUCGGAAGUUUACGCUGGAGGAUAGCGACAGCGAUGCAGGGGACGAUGCCGACCAAGGUGCGGACGACUACGAGCCUGAACCAAGCAGCAGUUGCUCAGAUGAGGACAGUGGCAGCGAUUUUGAGGGCGAAGAAAGCGAGGAUGAACGCCCCAAGAAGAAGCGCAAGCCCCCGGCGGCUGGCGGGAAGAAGGCUGCUGCAAAGGCUCCAGCAGGUGCAAAGCCGAAGGGAGCUGGGAAGAAGACUGCAGCCACCGCCGCAGGCAACCGAGUAGGCAAAAACCCUGGUACGGUUCCAGAAAACGCCAAGACAUCUCGCGCUGCUGUUGGCAAGGCCUCUGCUGCUGUCGCAGCGCGCACGUCGAAAAGCGACGGCCCCGAACCCCACAGCGCACCAGCAGCGCCGCCGGUCGCGGCGCCCCAUGGUCACGCCGCAACUACAACCCGUGCCGCACCCCAGCAACGCGGUGCGCCGCAAAUGACCAUGCAACGUGCUGGCGGUGACGACGACGUCAAGGACACUAAGCCGCGCGGCUUGGGUGUGGGACAGCUUGGGCUUAGCAGUGCAGACCCUGGACCGUCUGCCGCCGAUGAGCCCGGCGACGCAGAGCCUUCUCCGAAAGGGGACUCGCACGAGGCGGCCGAGGAGGAUGAGAAGCCCAAGGCGAGGCCCGUCAAGGCCACCGCGGCCGCCCGACCCCUCCCCAAGGCGCCAUCAGCAUCAUCCGCGCUAGCAGCUAGCAAAGCAUCCAACCAGGCUGCUGCUGCAGCGCCCAGACCGGCGCCAAAGCCCCUAAACUCUGUCAACAGGACCAGCUUGGGCGCCGCGGCGGCUGCGGCGCCCUUCAAGCCACCCAUUCCUUCCGCUGGAGGUGCCGCCAACGGCACUGGCAUCAAGCUUCCCACUCCGUUGACGACCGGCGCCGUGGCGUACCGUGUUCCUGGACUGCGGCGCCCAAGCAGUGCAAGCAAACGGUGACACGUUUUAUUGGCUGUCCAGCGGUCAUGAACGCCCGGUGUCCAUCAUGUUAUGGGGUUUCCUGUAGGGCGUGAUUAACGUGCUUGGCCUAUUACCGGUAGAUAAUAGUUGUUUAUAACUGGCGCCUGAACCUAAGGCGCCGGCGUGGGUUUGCAUAAUGAUUGCAGGAGUGUUCUUGUGUGAAGGGAAGCAUGGUUCAUAUGGGUCUCGGAGCGAUACGGCAUUUCCCGCGAAGCUUCCAUGCCAUGAAUCCAGAAAAACAAUGCCUUUUCCCGUUAAGGGAAAUUUGACGUUACCCGUUAGCAAUAUAGUAAACAGAAAGAAUGGCACAAGAGCUCAUCGCGCGGGGCGACCGCCUGUUUGUUGAGGAGGACUAUGAGGGUGCAGCAAAUGCCUAUACCGAGGCCCUACUGGUAGAUCCUUCUAAUGCUCGCGUCUAUGAGGCGCGCGCUAACGCGUACAUCAAGUUGGAACAGUAUUCCGAAGCGAAUGCGGACGCAACAAAGGCUCUGGAGCUGUCUCCUAGCCUGGCCAAAGCCUACUUGCGAAAAGGGGUUGCGCUGUUUAACAUGGAGGAGUACGAAGCCGCGAAGGAGGCUUUUGAGGCUGGUUACCAACUAGCGCCUGACAACACCUUCCGAACAUGGAUCCGUAAAUGUGAUGCGGAGCUCGAUGAGGAGGCGGCGUCAAUGCCCCAGGCCUCCAAGCCGGACGCCCCCGCAGCACCCCAGCCUUCCCCUGCAGCCACUACCGCCCCUGCCGCUGAGCCGCAGUCCCAGCCGCAACCCCAACUCCCACCACAGCCAGAGGAGCCAGCACCCGCUGCUGCCGCCCCACAGCCGCCCAGCGAGGGUCCCAGCACCACCACCUCAGCACCCGCCGCCCCCACCUCCGUGGCAGGCCCGGCCGCCGCCGGCUGCUCCGCGGCGCCGCUGGCCCCCGCCGCCGCGCCCGCCUUCAGCGGCAAGUACCGCCACCAGCACUACCAGCUGUCCAACAAGGUGACGCUGGACGUGUACGCCAAGAAGCUGCGGCGGGAGCAGGUGGCGGUGGAGUUCGGGGAGAGCCACCUCGCGGUGCGCAUCGUGGACGCGGAGGGGCAGGAGGAGUACCUGCUGGACACGGACCUGUACGGCAAGAUCGUUCCCUCCCAGUGCAAGUACGAGGUGCUCAGCACCAAGGUGGAGAUCACCAUGGUGAAGGCCGACCAGCUGCAGUGGGCCUCCCUCGAAAAGAGCGACAAGGUAGCCCCCGCCAACUACAGCACUCCGGGCACCGAUGCGCCGCGGCAGUACCCCUCCACCAAGCAGAAGGACUGGAGCAAGGUGGAGUCGGAGCUCAAGGAGCUGGAGCAGAAGGGCGAACUGGACAUGGGCGACCCGCUGAACAACUUCUUCAAGAAGAUCUUCUCGCAGGGCGACGAGGACACCCGGCGCGCCAUGAUGAAGUCCUUCGUGGAGAGCAACGGCACCGUGCUGUCCACCAACUGGAACGAGGUGGGCAAGAAGAAGGUGGAGUGCACGCCGCCGGAGGGCAUGGAGGUGCGCAAGUGGGAGGCGUGAGAG